GGGCACCCCCAGGCGCAAGGCGGUGCAGGCCAUGGGGCCGCGGGCAUCGGCGGGGCAGGCGGAGGCCCAGCAGCUGCAGGAGCUGAGGAACCGGACGGAGAGGGCGGAACGGAGGCUGUUGGCCUGCGAGAACCUGGUCGGGGAGCUGGGCAGCAACCUGGCUGCCCUGGGCAGCCUCCUGCAGGAGUACGGGCAGCUGCAGCAGCGGCUGGAGAACGUGGAGAACCUGCUGAAGAACAGGAACUUCUGGAUCCUGCGGCUGCCCCCCGGCUCCCGGGGAGAGGUCCCCAAGGUACCGCUUACAUUCGAUGAUGUUUCAGUGUACUUCAACGAGCAGGAGUGGGAGAGACUGGACCGCUGGCAGAAGGAUCUGUACAGGGCUGUGAUGAGGGGGAACUACGAGAUGCUGAUUUCCCUGGACUAUGCUGUGUCCAAGCCUGACAUCCUCUCCCGGAUCGAGAGGGAUGAAGAGCUUUGUGUCAAAGAUGGUCAGAAGCCCCCGCUGACACGUAUUGGAGACAGUCAGGAGCCCCUGCAAGCACCAGAAAAGGUGGACCGGGUGGAAGAGGCUUUGGGAGAAGAGGAAGUUCCCAUGGAAGCUGACAGAGACUAUGCUGUGUCCAAGCCUGACAUCCUCUCCCGGAUUGAGAGGAAUGAAGAGCUCUGCAUCCGAGACGGUCAGGAGUCCCGGCAGACAAGCGUCCGAGACGGUCAGGAGUCCUGGCAGACAAGCGUCCGAGACGGUCAGGAGUCCCUACAGACACCAAAAGAGAUGGACCAGAAGGAAGGGGCUUUGGGAGAAGAUAAAGUCCCUGCGGAAGUUGACACAGAACUCCCCAUCCUCGUGAUGAAUGUCAUGUCCCUGAGUGCACAAAAAGGGCAGCAGCACAGGGAAGAUCAGCCUGAGACAGAGAUGGAAGAGGACCCGGCUGAGUCCAACACUGAGGAAGGCUCUUUAACAGAAAAUGAAAGGGCAUGUGAAGGGACUUCUCUUGAAAACAUCAAAAUUAAGGAAGAGGAGCCUGAAGCAUUGCAAGAGGUUUCUGCACCCUCUCCGAGUCCAGAGAUCCAGAAGUGCCCCAAAAGUGAGCCAGCCAAGGCCAAGAACAAGAAGAAGCCAAGCAGAUGUGCGAGCAGCAGCCUCCUGAUGGGCAACUGUCGGCGUGGCUAUGUGCGUGAGUGGUCGCACCCCUGCACCGAGUGCGGGAAACGUUUCCGUCUGAAAAUCAACCUCAUCAUCCACCAGCGGAGCCAUGCCCAAGAGGGGCCCUACGAAUGCACAAUGUGCGAGAUCAGCUUUGCGGACAAACGCCACUUGGACCUUCACCAGAGCAUCCACAUAAAAGACAGGGCCUUUGGGGCCAAGGUCUGGGGGAACGUCCACCCAGAGCUGAGGAUCCGGCCGAGGAGAAAGUUCUGCGGGGCUUUGUGUGGAGGUGCCCACAGCCUGGGCAAUGGGACAUAUGCUGGGGGUCCCUGGCUGGGCCAGGCCAAGGAGGAGCUAGACAGAGGGAGCCCUAAGUCUCGUAGGAAGUCUGUGCUGAAAUGCAGUUUUUGCAAAAAGAUUUUCUCUUGCACGUUUUCCCUUCGGCGGCACUUGCAGACCCACUCGCAGGAAAGGCCGUAUUGCUGCACCACCUGCAAGAAAUGCUUCACCCGUAGAACUCACCUCUUGCGCCACGAGAAAAUACACGACCGCCAGAAAGCCCUGGCUGCACUCCAACAGCCCGUGACCGUCAUGCCAGCACCCAAGCAGCCCCAGCCACAAGGAGCCCCAGAGACACCCACAGGCGGGAGCGUUCCUCACUCACCAGCCCAGGCAUCCGAGAUAAAUGUUAGCCCUGUGGCCACCGCAGCCAAAGCAGUUCCAGCAAAUGAGCUCCCGAUCGGUCCUGCAGAACUCGGACCGCCAGACAAGAACUGCCACAUCCUCGGCUGGGGUGGGAGAGCUGUCCAGCCUGUGGUUAGACUAGGAAACAGGGCAGCGCUUUCAGGGGUGACGGAGAAAUGACAACAGGAGAAAUCCGAACUGCUUGUGGCCCUGGAGAGAACCUGUGAGCAUUGAUGUUGCACAUGGUGGGGCACUGGGGUUGUGAACCAUCUGUCCACUGGAUUUUAGGAGCUUUCCUGAAUUGCAGAAGGAAACAAAAGCUUGGAUACCACCAUAGAGAGCAAAUUACAGAAUCCUCCAGUGACCCUAAAUGCUUUACCAUUCCUCAGACUCUCGUGUCUGCUGGCUAUUGCAUGAAAUUUUCCCAAGCUGACCUUCCAGCAGCUGAGCUCACCUAUUGAUGCUGGAGCUGACCCCUCACAUUUGGAAAUAAAAUUACAUGGUGAAGAGGACAAAGGGAACACAAUCAAGCUGGCAAGCCAGGCAGCCUUCCCAAGGAGCUCUUCACUUCACUGACAAAGUUUCUUCACCAACACGCCAGAUGAAGAAAGCAUGGCAUCUCCGAGACCCCAUCGUGUCCUGGCCAUGCUUGUCUAAUAACCCACCCUGGUGAGGAAAUCUGCUAACCCCUCAAUCAGAUUGGGAACAUCUGGGCGUUGCAUUGGAAGAUCCAUAGAACAAAUCAAACCACAAUAUUUUCUGCUUGCGAGGGUGCUGCGGAUGUUUCUGAGGUCCCAGCAGCACUCCUUCCUUCAACGAAGCCAGCCCGUGAGAGCCAGAAACACCCACGAGAGUUAAUUCCCUCAGGACCAGCCUGCACAGAUGGAGAGUCACUUUAGAAAUAUUUCACGGGUAAGAUUACUCCUGUGCUGCAGCAGCAGUCCAUGCGAGGACCCAUCCUUGGCGCUCAGGCGUGUUGGCUGCCACAUGCUGACACUGGUUCUUGCACGGGAGCAGCCCCUCCACUCAGCCCCGCUGCAGAAGGAAGUUCCCACUCUCCAAACUGCAGGUCAUCUCCUUUAGUCAUGUGCAAAAUCCCACCAUAACUAAUCCUAUGGAAGACUAGUUCUGCUAGCUACCUCAAAUGUCUUGUGGAGUGAGACCUGCCUGGAGGCAGAGGAGCAACUGGAGCCCAGUAAGCAAUGAAAGUCAGGCCAGGUGUGGCUCCGGUGUCCCCAGGAAUCACUCGAACCGCACGUGUCCACGGCCAGAGCCCUGUAUGCAUCACGUGCACUGCUGGGAACCACGAAUCAUGUACCAAGAGAAGAAAUUGGUCCUGGUGGCAUCACUGUGCAGACCAAAUGGAGAAGCUGUUAAGACUCCUGAGUUUAGUUUUCUGGGUUUUUUUUUUUUUCAUUGAGUUGUUUAAUGUAAUUAUUUGACAUCACAAAGUCUCUGUCCUUCUCUAGGCAGGGAGCAUGGGGAAACUGUUUAUCACAGUUUUCAUUCCUGGCCACUUACAAGGUCUGGUGGGCUGCAGAGGUGCUGCUGUGGGCAGCGUGCUUUGGGCACCAAGAAAAGGCCCGUGCCGCAUCCUGCUGUAAUCCUUGGUGCCAAGCGGUGCCCAGCCACCUCUGUGCCCUGCAGGAGGGACAGCAGUGUCAGAGCUGCUCCUUGGGGACACACACGAUGUCCCACUGCUUCUCUGGGCCAGUUUCUCACUCAAUUCCUGUCCCCUGGGAUUGUAGAGUGUGCCUGGACUGUAGUUUUAGCCAUGAGGGGGUGACGGUGGCAGACAGGUUGGCCCCGUGUCCCCAAAGGGAUGGCAUUGCCUGCUGCUAAGCCCUGUAGGAUACAGGGGUGGUUGACACCUUACGGUCACACAGUGAUGGUGCGUCUGGUAGUGAGCUGUGCUCUGGCACAGCACA